UCUCAGUUCUCGAUCGCGGCAAUUAACGAUACUGACUCCACGCACCAAUCGGAGCCCUUAGCUCCCACGCAAGAAGCUCAGGCACUUCUUCCCGUCCUCCAUUCCGAAUCUCAUCUUACACAGACUUACCACGAUGGUCUCCUCGAAUUGCAAGCUAAGCGAUAUGACAAGGCUCGCCAUCUGCUGGAAUCUGUUUUGAGAGACCCUCUCAUCUCCAAUGCCCAUGAGGUGGAUGGUAAUGCAAGCGAUACUCAUCUGCAGCAGCUCAGAUAUUUGGCGCUAAAGAAUCUCGCCAAUGUUUUCCUUCAGCAAGGAUCAGCUCAUUAUGAGAAUGCUCUUCAGUGUUACCUUCAAGCUGUCGAGAUUGACACCAAAGAUUCUGUUGUCUGGAAUCAGUUGGGAACUUUAUCGUGUUCGAUGGGUUUGCUCAGCCUUUCUCGAUGGGCGUUUGAGCAGGGCCUUCUAUGCAGCCCUAAUAACUGGAAUUGCAUGGAGAAGUUAUUAGAAGUUCUUAUAGCAAUUGGUGACGAGGUCCCUUGCCUUGCUGUAGCAGAGUUGAUUUUGAGGCACUGGCCUUCUCAUUCUCGUGCUUUGCAUGUGAAAAGCACUAUUGAAGAGUCAGAGGCAGUUCCAUUUGCACCUAGAGGUAUUGAUAAACUGGAACCAAAGCAUAUCCGCCUUAAGUUCCUGGACAAGAGGAAAGCAACUGAGAAUUGUGAUGAAGGUCGAGCUAAUAAACGGCUGAACCAGACCAUUGAGUUGAUGCUGCAUGGAGUUUCGUGGGGUGCUCUUGUUGAUGCUCUGCUGGAAAUCCUACAUCCGCUCAGUGCGCGUGAGACCGAUGUCAAAUCUGAUGAACGCAAAUCUGGGGAUAUGAGGUUAAUUAUACAACCACCAUCCAAUUUAGAUAUUGAUAUGAGCUCUCCUGAAACGAAAAGGCCGAUUAACUUUCCUUGUAGUUCUAGUCAAUGCAAGCCUCUCAGCAGUAGCAAUUCUGAAAGAGUUGGUGCUAUCAAGGAAAGAGAAAGACAUAGUUUCGAUGAACAGCCUCGUGAGAGGAGGUGUACUCACCUCGAAAGGCUUACGAGUCGUAAACCUGGGAAAGAAGAAAUGGAUGUUGGUGACAGGAAGGAUUUGGUCAGUUUUGUACUCCAGUAUCUAGAUCCUUUUAUAAUUGGCACACCAUCAGUUGAAAGUUCUGAGCAUGCAGUUACUUGUUCUGCUCCACACGCUGCCGAGGCUAGUUCACCUAAUAAGGAACUGAAUGAUGUUUUAGCAUUUGUCAAAGGAACAUCAAGAAAUUAUGGUGCUUAUGAUAUGGCCCACUUGCUUAUCGAACAUGUUUCAACUAGUGGUCUUAUGUGCCAGGAUGCAUUGCCCAAACUCCUUGAAUUGGAAGGGCUGACAAGAAAUUGGGGGAAAGAUAGAACUCCUGAAUGCAGUCUUUUUCUGGCUGAGGUGUAUUAUGACCUUGCAUUUUUGCCUUCCAAUGCUUCGAAGCUCUCAGAUUUCGUAUCAGAAGCAUUGUAUCAUCUAUGCAAAAUUGUGGAAUCAGUAGUGCUGGACUAUCCUUUUCCCCUAACCCUUGAAAAUCAGGGUGGAAGUUGGUCUGAUCACUCUAGUUGUUCUGAUCUCAUUUCUAUCGAUUCCUUGUCAAGUGAAAAAUGCAACUUCUGGAUCAGGUACUUUUGGCUGAGUGGGAAAUUAUCCAUCUUUCAUGGCAAAAAGGCAAAAGCUUAUGAAGAAAUAUUUGUUGCCUUGUCACUGGUCAUGAAGAGGGAUAGAAUGAGUGAUUCUUCGGGGAGUCUUAAACUAUCUCACAAGGUUAAUAAAGAGUUAACCCUAGAGAAGAUCCUUCAUGAAAUAUAUUUGCUGAAAGUUGAUUCCUUGCUUGAGGAGAUUGUAAGCGAGUUUUAACAGAGAAAGAGAGAUGAUAAAGAUAAGUGAUUCAAAUGCAUUGAGCUGAAAGCACUGGAUAUAUCAACUGAAGCUGCUAAUACUCAUGCUACUAGCCGGGAUGGUUCAAUUCAAUCACAUCAGGUUCAAGCUCCCGACGGAGUCAGUGUUGGAAGAAUUAAGCACCUUACAUAAUAACAUGUGAUUGAGACAGCUAACAUGACGGGUUCUUGCCUUUAACCAGGCUCGCUACGAGGAAAUAAUUGCAGAUCCGAGUUAUCUGGAUCGAGUAUUGGAAGAUGGUGCGACGAAGGCUUCAGAUAUAGCAGAUGCCACCCUUAACAACGUUUAUCAAGCAAUGUGAUUCUUGAGAAGAUGACCCCAAUUUGAUGAUUGCUGAUUGAUUCAUGUGCAGAGAUCUGAAGAACUCAAA